AUGAGAAUCUCCUCGAGCUCAUCCCUCCUCUUGGCUACCUUGGUGGUCUCCUCGUCGACGUCUAGUCUCGCAGCGCCGACAGACUGUGAUCAGCAUGGGAUGUCCACCGCUCCCAGCAUGCAGAUGGCUACCAGGCGCCAAGUCGAGGUGAAUGUGGACGGAGGUAGCACAGGUGUUGGCAUAGGUAUCGGUCCCAUCCUCGCUCCUCUUGUAGAGAAGCUCUUAGGUAUCAGCGGAGGGGGGGCCGCCGUUCUCACGGCAAUGUCUCCGGACGAGGUCGACCAGAUGCAGCAGGUCAUCUCUCAGGCCGUCAAUAGUGCUACCUCGGCGAUUUCCUCUCUGCAUACCGGCCUGCCUGCCAACAUCCCCGCGCCGCCGUUGUCGAACGUGACUAAGAGGGCGAUCCUAGAUGGCGAGUAUUCCCAGUACCCCGCCGACUCGGCGGCGACCUCUGCAAACAGCGCCUCCACAGUUGCAUGGUCGUCGGCCCCUAUGUCCUUUGCGAUGGCGAUGGCAACGCCCUCUCCUCCUGGCACGCCUGCGAGCAAUCCGUUGUCGGGGGGCCUCAACCCGCCCUCUCCGCCACUGCCCGUCAACCCACCGAACACCCCGGUUCCUGCUGGUGUUUCUCCUGAUAACCUUCCGGUUACCCCGCCGGUGUCCCCGCCGGCAUCUCUUCCUGUGUCUCCCCCCGUCUCCCCGCCGGUGUCUCCUCCCGUGUCUCCUCCCGUGUCUCCUCCCGUGUCUCCUCCCGUGUCUCCGCCGGUGUCCGCGCAGACUCCCAGCAACGCUUCGGCACCUGGUGCCAUGCUAGAGUCCCAGUCGGCUGAUGGCGAUGAUACCCCUCCUCUCUUUGGGUCCGCCGACACCGGAUCGUGGGAUGCCACCUCUUCUACGGUCAGCCCCUCCGCUACGGCGUCUCCGUAAGCGGAUGAGCAUGUUCAUGAUCUAUACCUAUACCCUAUGUCAAUGAUUUAUCUAUUCGAAGAUGUAUCAAGUGCGAUUGUCUCGUUAAUUCAUAUUGUUGAACAUGAG